AUGCUUGAGCCCAGCUUUAAUACGGAGCGACAUGUGAAAUAUUACCUCCGAUGCCUCAAGACCUUCCUUCCGUCGGCCUACAUCUCCAAUGAUUCCAAUCGCAUGCUCCUCGCCUACCUCACUCUCUCUGGAUUGGACGUACUCGGAGUCCUACAAAGUAAGACAACACCAGAGGAGCGACAAGGGUACAUCGACUGGCUCUACCACUGCCAGGUGCCGACGGGCGGAUUCCGUGGAUUUUCAGGAACGGAUUUCGGCGCGGAGAAGCGGACGCAAGAUAAUGAAGUCUGGGAUCCCGCGAAUGUGCCGGCGACAUUCUUUGCACUGGUGAACUUGCUCAUUCUUGGUGACGACCUGUCUCGGGUCAAGCGAAGAGAGUGUCUCCAAUGGCUACCCAAGUUGCAGCGCGACGAUGGGAGCUUUGGAGAGAUUCUCGGCCCUAAUGGGAAGGUCGAGGGAAACCGUGAUCUCAGGUACUGUUGCUGCGCGGCUGGCACGCGAUACAUUCUACGAGGUAGAGAUGCCAAAGGCGCAAAGGAUGUUCGAGACAUUGAUGUGCCCGGGUUAAUAUCAUUUAUUGAGAAGUGUGGUCAUACAUAUUGCGCAGUCGGAUCUCUAGAAUUUCUGCGUCGGGGAACAGUUGACAAACAGCAGGCGGAUCUGCUGUUGCCGGGGUCGGCGAAGUUCGAGAGUCUGGUGAACUGGUUGGCAUCGCGACAGACUGACAAUCUUGGUGGAGAGGAAGAUGAAGACGAAGAUGAGGAUGAGGAUGAGGAUGAGGAUGGAGACAAAAAUGCAGACAAGACCAAGAGCAGCGAUGAACAGGAGGUAGGUAUAGAGACUGGCUCAGUCAAGGAACGAGUACUCGCACUGCCCGGUCUAGCGGAGAUCGCGGGCGACACAAUCGCGUGCGCUGGGUUUAAUGGCCGGUGCAACAAGGUGGCAGACACCUGCUACUCGUUUUGGAACGGGGCGACACUACUGAAGACGCAACACCUCAUCGGUGGCUUUGGCAAGGCCGUCGGGGAUCCUCCCGGUAAGGCGUCAAUGUGGCAAUGGCAAAUGGUGACCUUGCGACUUGCAACUUUGGGCUGA